CCUUGAGCGACCUCACUAUCGCACGUGCGACCCCGCCUCUAAUCCACGUACGUGUACGGCCAAGUAUCCCUCGUCCCUUUCCUUCAACACCUCUGUUUCUCUUCUCUUCCAGUCUAUCCUUUAUACCUGUGAAUGGAAACGGAGAAUCUUAAAUUUGGUUGCAACUUCGAUUAGCGAAACCCAAUUCACCCAACAACAAUGAAUUAACAACCUCCAAAAUUUACUCAUAAUGGCAGAACCGGUGGCUUCUUCCGCUAAACCCAUCCCUUCUCCAAAUCCGAUGGACCCAUCGCCACAACCUCCUCAACCGCAACCACAAUCACAACCACCGCCGACGGCGUUAACAAACUCGAACUCCAACACCACAGCUCUAACACCACCACAACCACAAACACCCACAAAUAGCCUGCCAAAUUUACCUCAAAAUCCACCAAUUGCAUCUCCUUCUAUUGACUCGAAAAUUUCAUCUCCUCCUCUUUCCUCUCAACAGCAAUCGAUUGUACAGCAGCAACAGCAACAACCGCAGCAGCAAUUGCAACAACAGAAUGUCCCAGCCAUGUCGAGCUAUCAAAUUCCACAGGCCCUUCAAAGAUCUCCUUCUAUGUCUCGUUUAAGCCAAAUUAAUCAACAGCAACAGCAGCAGAAUCAAUACGGUGGCGUCUUGAGGCAGCAACAACAACAACAACAAGGGUUAUAUGGGCAAGUAAAUUUUAGUGGGUUGAGUUCAAUUCAACAGAAUUUGCAGCAGAAUUCGCAGAAUCAGCAAAUGAAUGGCACCAACUUGUCUCGGUCUGCACUCCUAGGGCAGAGUGGGCACCUCCUGACUGGGGCAGCCGCUCAGUUGAACUUGUUGGCCUCGCCAAGGCAAAAGGCUGGGUUAGCCCAAGGAUCUCAAUUCCAUGCUGUUAAUUCUCCCGGUCAGCCUUUGCAAGGAAUGCAAGCUAUGGGAAUGAUGGGUUCACUUGGAUUGACCUCACAACUAAGGUCUAAUGGUGCUCUUAAUUAUGCUCAGCAAAGGAUGAAUGCAGGACCAAUGAGACAGCAACUGGCGCAACAAAAUACACUCACCUCUUCUCAGGUUCAAAACCUAUCAAGGGCAUCAUCACUGACAUUUGUGAAUCCUCAGCUCGCUAGCCUGGCACAGAAUGCACAACCAGCUAUGAUGCAAAACGCUUUGUCACAGCAGCAGUGGUUGAAGCAAAUGUCAGCAAUUUCUGGUCCAGCCUCACCCCUCCGUCUUCAACAGCACCAGAGGCAAUCGCAGGUUCUUUUGCAGCAGCAAUUGGCUUCAUCUUCUCAGUUGCACCAGACUUCAAUGGCAUUAAAUCCACAGCAAUUAACCCAGCUGGUGCAGCAGCAGCCACCAAUGGGGCACCAACAACCUUAUCAGCAGCAGCAGCAACAGCUGCAACCACAGCAGCAGAUGCAACAACAGCAGCAGCAGCUAUUACAACAGCAACAGCAACCACAGCAACAAUUACAACCACAAUUACCCAUAAAUCAGCAGCAGCAACAACAAUCUCCAAGGCUGCAAGGACCCAUAGGCCAGAAAUCUCUUAGUUUGACAGGAUCACAGCCAGAUGCAACAGCAUCUGGCACAACUACACCAGGGGGAAGUUCAAGCCAAGGAACAGAAGCAACUAACCAGCUACUUGGGAAGAGAAAGAUACAGGACUUGGUUUCGCAGGUAGAUUCACGGGGAAAGCUAGAUCCUGAAGUUGAAGAUCUUCUUUUGGAGAUUGCUGAUGACUUCAUUGAUUCUGUGACUGCUUUUGCUUGCAGUUUGGCCAAGCACCGAAAAUCUUCAGUUUUAGAGUCCAAGGAUUUAUUGCUGCACUUAGAGAAGAAUUGGCAUCUGACAAUUCCUGGAUUUUCAACUGAAGAUAGAAACUUCCAGAGGAAACCUUUAUCAAGUGAUCUCCACAAGAAGCGUCUUGAUAUGAUUCAUGCAUUGAGGGAGUCCUCACACUCAGAAACAAGUAAUAAUAACAAUAAUAAUAUUACUAAAGAGAUGAUGAGACAAGGGCCUGGCCAUGGCAAUCCAGUUGUUACUAACAACCUAAGACCGUCACCUAGUUCAGAGCAGCUAGUUUCACAAUCAACCAGUUCUCAGAUGCUGCAGCAGAUCACACGAUUUUAAUGGAUAUAUUUCUAAUUUCUGAUACCAUCUCCAUUCUGAUCAAGUAUAACAUAAACCUUUGUUGGUAAGCAUUUAAGCUUUCGUAUAAUGGAUGUUUCUCCCUAUGCCCCUCCCCUCACAGACACACACAUUCAAAAAGAUACAAAGAAAAAGAAUUGACUUAGCCAUAGUAGGUUCGUUUGAUGUGAAUGAAAUAUGAAUAUUCUCCCUUGAAACAGGACUUAGCUGCUGUCUACACUUAUGAUAUUUUCUUUGAUUGUAUGAACUGAAUGUUUAAAGUUUCCAAUUAUUUUCUCAAAUCUGAAUCCUGAAAAUGUGGUUUGAAAGAGGAUGAAAAUUUACAUGAUGUUGCAUUACAAAAUAGUUGUGGUUACUGAUGUCCUUAUUACAAGUUACAACUAAAAACAGAUGAAAGAGAGAAUCAACUACGGAACUUGUGAUCUGCUUUUUAGGAAUUUGUAGUCAUAUCUAAUAAAUAGUUUGGAUUGAUCUGGAGACUGCUUCAGUGUGGAAAGGUAAUUCUGCAAUGGCACAUAUCCAGCACAUUCCUUUAUCAGAGAUAUAUGUCAAGGAGUUGGGUGAUGGGUGAUGGAUUACUCAAUGCAGGUUUUCUAUGAGAUCUGAUGACUAAUAAUGUAACAGAGAUCUGGAAAAUUUUGAUGAAUAACAAUAUAUUGUUAGAAAUGAGGUGAACGCGGGGUGAUUACAUAUUGAGGUGAUUGUUAGGGAUUGAAGCCCUAACUGUUCCCAUCAAUCUUCUUCUACUUUAACAGUUCCUUUUACUUUCUCCAGACUUGUGGAACAGAAUAUAACUACCUUCUAACUACCACUUUCUUUUUAUACCUAGGCCUACAUGUAACUGUGAUGUAUUUUGAGAAUGCAUCCGUGGAUCAAUGUUGAAUUGGUCAAUAAUCUAUUUGGAAUACUAUCCCAUAGAACUUGUAUAUUGUUUUUAGUGAACUAACUGGAUAGCUUUGGCGUAGAAAAUGCAUUGAAAAGUGUUUUUGGAUAUUAAUUUGUUGUUAUUA